UGUUAUGAUCCAAUAAAAAAACAGUUAAAAAAAUAGACUUGCAACAAUGGAACGAUCGAUAACAUUACAAUCUGAAGUUUUUCAAGAAAUGAAUGAAUCAAAUGAAUCAUCAAACUCUACAAUUCAUAAUGUGCGGAGUUCAUUUAAAUUUAGUCAUUCAACAAAUACUAAUCCUCAAGAAAUUCUAGUUGAUGAAGAUGGUGAUCUAUUAUUACAAAGAAAAUCGAAUAUUAAGGAAGUUGUUAUAGAACAUUUCAAUCGUUCACCUUUGGACUUAGUAGGCAUGCAAGUAUGGAGAAGUGCAUUACUAAUGAGUGAUUUCAUAAUGUACCGUAGGGAUAUUUUCAAUUACAAUCAAGUUGUUUUAGAAUUGGGAUCUGGUGUUGGAAUGACUGGUAUUGUAUUAGCUAUGCAUUGUAAAGAAACUAUUUUCACUGAUGUUAAUAAUAAAGAUAUUUUAUCGAAUAUAAAGAAAAAUAUUAAUCUAAAUAAAGAUCUAAUAAUUGGACAUACCACAGUUUUACCGCUUGAUUUUAAAGAAGAAUUAUUUUCAGAACUUUUAAGAGAAAAACUUAAAGAUGUUAAAAUCAUAAUUGCGGCUGAUGUUGUGUAUGAUAAUGAAAUAACUAAACAGUUUAUAAAUACUGUAAGAAAACUCAUGACAAUUACACCUGAUAAAACUACGUAUAUUGGCCUGGAGAAAAGAUAUAUAUUCAGUACAACAGAAUUGGACAUUUGUGCGCCUUGUUAUGAUUUUUUUAUUGAAUUAUUAAAUAAAGCUUCAUGGUGCAAAUUGGAGUUGUUAGAUUGUAAUUUCACACAGUACUUCCAUUACAAUCGGGUUAAAGAACUAGUGUUAUUAAAGUUGACUGUUCAAAAGCCAUAAAUUUAAUAUAAUUUAAGAAAAAUUAAAAAAAUGAAGCAUCCACAACAAACAAGAAAAUAAUGAACACAAUACUUCAAAUAUAAUUUAUAUAUAAUUAAAUAUACAUAUAUAUA